GAAACCCAGGACUGCGGUUACAUCGGCGAAAAAGUGGUAGUGCCUGUCUCUCGUUUCGAGCAAAUAUAAGAUUUGUGCACUCCUGUUCCUCGGGUAUCCCAUUCGGAGUCACCUGCAGUCGUUAUACCCUUUCGAAUAAAGUCCUCCGUUUCCUUGGUCUUGCCGUUGUGCUGGAGCAAAGAACGCUCUUCGUCUGUCUCGCCAUCCACUGUGCCUCACACCCUGAAGCUACCAAUUAUGGAGAGCCCUCGCCAGUCCGAUGCCAGCUCGCCCGUGGAGCCUUGUUCCCCCGGUUGCGUGGAUACGCCCGCGACGCAAUCAUCCGUCUUGUUUGAUGGCAACCUUGAAGAGUUGCUGCGCAACUUUCCCCUCGAUCAGUACAUUCUCGUUACAGGGGGUCUUGGGUUCAUCGGAAGUCACACAACAUUGGAGCUACUUAAGGCCAAUUAUAAUGUAAUUGUGAUCGACAACCUCAGCAACUCCUUCCAGGGCGUCUUUGACCGCAUCAAACAACUGGCGGCCCAGCACCACGAGCAGCAGGGCACAUGCAUGCCCUCAUUGCAUCUGCACGCCCAUGACUUCCGGGAUACUGUGGCUCUGCGGGGCCUGCUCGACCAGUAUCAGAUCCAGUCCCGAUGGGGAACCCCCAAGUCCAAGAUUGCCGGCGUCAUUCAUUUUGCGGCCUAUAAGGCCGUCGAGGAGAGCAUCCGGAACCCGCUGAAGUACUACGCGAAUAAUGUUAGUGGUCUGAUCGACUUUGCCACCACGCUGGGAGACUUUGGCAUCAAGACGUUCAUCUUCUCCUCGUCUGCCACCGUGUACGGGACCUUGGCCACGUCGGGUCAGCCCCUGAAGGAAGAGCUCUGUGUCCACAAGGAGGAGGUCUUGAGGGACCAGGAUGGACUGGAGAGGGCCGUCAAGCCUGGGUGCACAGGCAUUACGAACCCCUAUGGGCGCACAAAAUGGAUCUGCGAAGCGAUAUUAGCGGACCUGGCGGCCUCCGAUCCGGAGUGGACCAUUGUAGCUCUACGGUAUUUCAACCCUAUAGGAUGUGACGAGUCCGGACUCUUGGGAGAGGACCCUAGGCAGACGCCGACAAACCUCCUCCCCGUCGUCGUCAAAGUCAUGAUCGGGCAGUAUGAAGAACUGCAGAUGUUUGGAACGGACUGGGACACUGAAGACGGCACCGCCGUGCGAGAUUUCAUCCACGUCACCGAUCUCGCGCGUGGACAUAUUGCUGCACUGAACACCGCCAACGGUGGGAAGUUGGUGGAAAACUUCCGGACCUUUAACCUGGGAACGGGUCGGGGCCACUCCGUGAUGGAGGUGGUUAGCACCAUGGAGACGGUGUCUUCCAAGCCCAUUCCUAGUAAGGCUGCCGGUCGCCGCGCUGGAGACGUUGGCUCUUGUGUCGCCGUGGCCACCAGAUCGCACGAGGAACUUGAAUGGAAGACUGAAAAGUCCUUGAAGGAUGCGUGCGUGAGCCUGUGUAAUUUUCUCAAUGUCAGUGGCCUGUCAUCCUAGGCGUUGUGUGGUAUGGUUUUGUUUAUCAUUUGGCGCCUGGUGGGACCUGUUUUCCCUUCGUGUUUC